UAAGAUUGUGGAGUUUUCCCUAUAUGUCGGUGCAUACAAAGGCACACAAACAGUACAAAGGCACAGAGCUGGCACAUGGAUCUAUGUCUUGUUAUGACUUGUAAGCUGCUUUUGUGAAGAUUCCCCAAGUAGUCGGGGCAGUUUUAGGGAAGGACAAAAGGCUCGCGUUCUGUUUAUUUUAUCCAUGAUAAAUAUUUACUAUUAUAUAUAAUAAAUAUUAUUUUAUUUGUGCAAACAGUUGGCGAAGGAAGCAGUGAUAGAGCCUGGUGGAGGUGGUAGGAGGCUCUCCAUGUUUCUGCUGGUGGAGCAGGCAGUUCAGCAGCCAUGGUGGAGGAGAGACUGCAGAAUAGUGUGCUUCAGAGCUGGAGAUUAAACCUGUAUUUUGUUAGGUGUGCAUAGCUUUGUAGGAACAUGCAGGCGCUGGAUGACUGUUGUUAUUCUAACCCUAGCCAGUUCUAUAGAGUUGACUAUGUCAUAUUUUGGAGGAGUUGUUUGCUGGAGUUGCAGAGCCAGUCCGACGGGUUUGGAGCUGGAGUUCGAGCCAGGAUCGGGCGGAAGGGAGGUAGCUGUAAGAGCCGGGCCGAUCGGUGCUGGGCUGGGGCUGUCCACAGAUGACCAGGGCCUGGACCACCUUGACCGCAGUGGACAGGGGCAGGCGUGGGACCUAAGUCACUGGAGAAGAACAGGAAACCAGUAGGCUCCAGCAGAAGAACAAAGUUCCCCAGCUGCCUUCCGGGACCUGCAUGCUGCCACAAGCCCGGGACUGCUUCUGCCUCCUCCAGGACUGCUGCUCCCCCCCUUGUCUCAGACCCUCAUGUGAGCACAUUGCCCUGGAUGCAUCCACAUAAAGGAGCUCUCUAUCUGAAAUAGAAAGAGCUGAGAAUCAUCUUAAUUAGAGCUGAGGGGAGAGUGGUGGAAGCUCUGCUGAGACGAUUUGGUUGGAAUAGGAAGCUGUGGUUGUUGUGGUUGGAGCCCAUCGGGCUAUGGAUCAAGUUCAGAGGACAGGAGAUCCGGGCCCCUCCGAUCCCGACAUGAAAGGCAAAGGGCUGGAGAGCAGCGAGAACAUUCCUAGCAGCAAGAGGAGGACAUCAGAGCUGCCCAUGGCUUAUCCAGGAUAUUCCCAGGAUUCCCAGGAUCGUCAUGACGGUACCAGUAAUGGGACAGGCAGGUUACCCCAGUUGGGGCCAGUGGGCCAGUCACCCUAUGCCAGUGCUCCCCCACUUUCUCAUACCCCCAAUACUGACUUUCAACCGCCAUAUUUUCCUCCACCGUACCAGCCCAUAUAUUCCCAAUCACAAGAUCCAUAUUCCCACGUUAAUGACCCCUAUAGCCUCAAUUCUCUCCAUGCCCAACCUCAACCUCAGCAUCCAGGAUGGCCAGGACAGAGGCAGAGCCAGGAGUCCAGCCUAUUGCACACUCAUCGGGGGCUACCACAUCAACUGUCUGGCUUGGACCCACGCAGGGAUUACAGGCGGCAUGAAGACCUUCUGCAUGGGCCUCAUGGGCUAGGCUCAGGAAUUGGGGACAUCCCCAUCCACUCCAUACCUCACACAAUAGAAGAUGUCUCGCACAUAGAAGACCAAGGUAUCAACAUCCCAGAUCAGACUGUAAUUAAGAAAGGGCCUGUCUCAUUGUCUAAAUCCAAUAACCAUGCAGUGUCGUCCCUCUCUCUCAACAAAGACAAUCUCUUCGGUGGAGUAGUGAAUCCCAAUGAAGUUUUCUGCUCAGUUCCUGGACGACUGUCUCUUCUAAGCUCCACAUCAAAGUACAAGGUGACAGUGGCAGAAGUACAGAGAAGGUUGUCCCCGCCCGAGUGCCUGAAUGCUUCUCUGCUGGGUGGAGUGCUCAGGAGGGCGAAAUCUAAAAAUGGUGGCCGAUCACUGAGAGAAAAAUUAGAUAAAAUCGGAUUAAACCUUCCAGCUGGGAGGCGUAAAGCUGCUAAUGUCACAUUGCUCACAUCCUUAGUGGAGGGUGAAGCUGUCCAUCUAGCCAGGGAUUUUGGCUAUGUUUGUGAAACGGAAUUUCCCGCCAAGGCAGUAGCCGAAUAUGUCAACCGACAACACUCAGACCCCAAUGAGCAAGUGACCAGGAAAAAUAUGUUACUAGCCACAAAGCAGAUUUGUAAAGAAUUCACAGAUUUAUUGUCACAGGACAGAUCCCCUUUGGGGAACUCUAGACCAUCCCCAAUUCUGGAACCAGGUAUCCAAAGCUGCCUGACACACUUCAACCUCAUCUCUCAUGGAUUUGGCAGUCCAGCAGUAUGUGCAGCCAUCACUGCCCUGCAGAAUUAUCUCACCGAGGCACUCAAAGCAAUGGACAAAAUGUACCUCAACAACAACAGCCACACAGACAACAGCAAAGGGGGUGACAAAGAUGAAAAGCACAGGAAGUGACCCAGCCUCCCAUCAUUUCUACCCCCUUGACCAUUCUUGUGUGCUGGCUUCUUGUCCAGUGGGGCAAAGAGAGGAAGACCUAUUGCCAUCCCAACUCCGGAGAAGGAAGGCUCUGCCACCGAAACGUUGUCCAUUCCUUUUUAUUGUCUCUUGUUUGGAUUAUUAAUGGCACAGGCAAUGGAGCCAGGAAAAGUUUUGUCUUUAGUGUUUGGACAUUUUGUAAGAAAACUUUUUUUUUUUUAAAGAACCUUUUUUUUUGUUUAAUAUAUAUAAAUCUAUCUAUAUAUAUGAGAGUCAUCGAACUGAUCACCACCUUCCCUUACGCUGAUGCUUCUUCAGAUGAGAUUGUAGCCCUAGUAAGAAAGGCUGCGGAUGACAUUAUCAGUAUUGUGAAUAAACUUGAGCACAAAACUUUGCAGUUCCAUGUCGUGUCUUCAGGUUGUACCUUUUCCCUCUUAAAGGUAAAUGCCAGCACCGUGAACUUUGUGUUUGGACACAGAUCAUGGUCACUCUAUAAGGGAAACAGUGUUUUCUGUAUAUAUUUAUUUAUGUGUAAUUUAAUGGGGAUUGUACAUAUGGUGAGUCUGUUAAAAAGAACUUUUUUUUUUUUUUAUUUAUCUGGUGAUCUCGUUUACCUAUUGUUUAGUGGGUUUUUCAAUUUCCCUCUUAGUUCAUGUGAUUCUUGGUACUUAUUUAGAAAGCAGAACUUUUGGGUUUCUUUCUAUGGAAUUCCUCAUUUUUAGCCCUGUUGUAGCAUGUUAAAGACGACAACGAAGCAGCAGAACAAAUACAAAAAAAUAAUAAAAUUGAUUUUAUAUAUGAUUAGUAUUACAACAAGUCUUUUCAUUUCCUGAAAGCAAACAAAGAAAUCUCACUAUAGACACUGUAGUGUUUUAUUUAUAGGAGUAAAUGAGGGACAAUUAUGUGUGAAGGGCAAUACAUAAGUGCUAUCAUGUAUACUGGUUCCAUUGUGUAAAGCUAUGGGGCUGCAGGGAUCUCACUGACCAUAGUGACUCCAUUCCCUCACCUCUAGCAAUGUAUUAUAGUUUUUAUUGUUGACCAGGUGAAUAAAUAUUUGAUACGCUUUAUGUCGAUUCUUUUUAUUCAGUGGCU